AUGAUGCGUCGUUGUUUGCUCCUUAUUGCGUUCUUGUUCUGCAUCGGGCACGUUGCAUGGUUGGAAGCCAUCGGUGUCCACAAUUGGUCAUCCAUAUUUAACAAUAAUCCGUCAAAGAAUUGGGUUGUCCUUGUCGCUGGUUCCUACACCUGGGAAAAUUAUCGACAUCAAGCGGACGUUUACCACGCGUAUCGAGUCGUGCGUGCAAACAAAGUUCCUGCGGAGAAUAUAAUUACCUUCGCCUACGACGACAUUGCAAACAAUCCCAAAAAUCCGUUUAAAGGCAGAGUGUUCCAUGAAUACCAGCACGAAGAUGUGUACAAUGGUGUAGUGAUUGACUACCGUGGAAAAGAUGUCACACCGAGUAAUUUCCUGAAAGUAUUAAAAGGCGAUGAUAAACUUGAAGCCAACAAGAAGAAGGUGCUGAAAAGCGGUCCUAAUGACAACGUGUUCAUCUUCUUCUCUGGCCAUGGUGCCACUUCCCUGAUUGCCUUCCAAGAAAAAGAACUGUAUGCCAUGGAGUUGAACGAUACCCUUGCCUACAUGCAUUCAAAAAAAAUGUUCAACAAAUUGGUGCUGUACAUGAAUGCUUGCUACUCUGGCUCUAUGUUUCGCGACGUUCUUCCUUCAAAUAUGGGAAUCUAUGUGACAACAUCAGCUAAUGAAAAUGAACAAUCCUGGGGUAUUUUUUGUUUUGACAAGGAAAUCGAUGCUUGUCUAGCGGACGAAUACUCGUAUGACUGGAUUUUAGAUUCGGAAUACAAUGACCUAAAAAAGCGCACACUGAAGCAACAAUACGAUGAGGUAAAAAGGAGUACAGUGUUCAGUCACGUGAUGAAAUAUGGUGAAAUGGCGUUGGAAAGUCUCCCAGUUGGAAAAUUCCAGGGGCAUUAUGAUAUACUGAUGCAUCGAAACAACAGAACGAUAGCACCGAAUGCUGUUGAUGGAAAGCCCUCUUGCCAUGCGCAUUUGUUUUCAAAAUCUCGACGCUUGAUGAAGGCCGCAACCGAGGAAGAACAAGAAACGGCUUGGCGAAAGCUGCACCGUGUACUUCGGCUUAGCCACAUCGUCAAGGAAACGUUUCGUGACAUCGUCGUGGUUGCGACAACCCACUACAAGCCAACGCUAAAGGGCUUGUCCAAAGUGGAUGAGCUCAUGUGCUUCAAGGCAGUAUUCGAUCAAUUCCGGACUCACUGCUUCACAAUUCAGCAGGCAAGUUGA